CCCGAGUCAUUCAGCUGCCUCGUCGGCUGUUGACGCAUGCGCAGUGAGCAGCGUCGAUCGAUGAAGCCCCGGCUGUGCGGAGCCGACGUGGCUCCACGCGGGGUAGGGCCGCUCAUACUUGGGCCGAACGGUCAUACUAACGGUCAUACCACGCGGUUAUAAUGCGGCUGUCUUAGUUUAGCGCUCCGUACAUAUGCUGAGUUUUGCUGCAGGACUGAGAUCUUUAGCCCACUGGUUCGUUUGUUCUUGAUUAGCUUUGUUUUGUGAGCUAGCUUCUGAAGCGAUAUCAUCGAGUUGACAGUGCUGCACAAUGCAGCUGCCAGAUGAGAUGCUGCACAGCCAGGUGGCCGAUCAGAACAAGGACCUCCUCCUGGCCGCCGUCCGUCAGCUGAGCCUGCCCUCCGGCGGUCACGUGCUCGAGAUCGCCUCGGGCACCGGUCAGCACGUGACCCACCUGGCCGCCGGCCUGCCGGAGCUGACCUUCCACCCUUCUGACGUAAACAGUCACAUGCUGGCUACUCUUCGGAAACGUCUGGCCGACGAGCCGCUAAGCAACGUGUGUCCUCCUCGUGUCGCCGACGCCGCCGAGCCAGAUACGUGGCCCGUGCCGGGCGACACGUGCCGCACGUGUUCUCCGGACCGCACGGCGCGCUGCGAGGCGUGCCGGACGCGCGCGCACGUCCCCGGCUGGCUGGACGCGGUGCUGUGCAUCAACAUGACGCACGUGGCGCCUCCAGAGAGCUGGCGAGGGCUGCUGACAGGUGCCGGGCGCUGGCUGAGGCCCGGUGGAGCGCUGCUACUCUACGGACCCUUCCAGCGGGAAGGAAAAAUUCCAGCCAAUCUGGAGACCUUCCAGCAGCGUCUCCAGCAGGAGAACCCGUCCUGGGGACUGCGGGACGUCAGUGAGCUGUGCGAACACGCCGAGAGCUGUGGCCUGCGGCUGGAGUCAGAUACGCAGCCAGCGCCCAACCAGAGCCUGUUGGUGUGGAGGAGGAGGACGGCUGAUCCGGGUAGCUGAGGAAAUGGAGAGAAACAGCAGUGAACUCUGCUGACUUGGAGAUGACGGGGAGAUGACUCCUGCUACCCCUCGGGGUAGCAGGAGAAUGGAAAGGACAUUGUUGGUUUGGAGAUAAUGAGCGCCAGGCCUGUGUGGCUGACGAUAAAGAAGAGAAAGAGAGAGAGAAGAAGGGAUAAAUAAUGUCAAAACCGUGAAGGUGGUUAUCUGCGAGAUAAAUCUUGCUAAAGAGGAGCCUUCCUGGUAUCACGAAAAAGGGGUUGGGCAUCAUGACAAAUUGUUGGCUCUGAACGAUUCAUCCGGGAAGAAGCCGGAACCGCAGGGUAGAUGUGGGAAGAUGUUGAGGUCUGAGCCGUUAAACAGAGACCAGAGAUGUCAACCACGAGAUAUAUGUAGUUGUGAUUGGAUAAGGUGGAGUAGAAAGGGUCAGAUGUGAUCACCUGAGGGGAUUUUAGCUGGCGACCGAGUUCGGUAGCGGUUAGAGGGACCAGAGUAUCUAUC